UCAACGCACAUAAACCGCCAAAAUGGGUAAGGGACAACCCCGUGGUCUGAACGCUGCGCGCAAGUUGCAGAGCAAGCGCAAGGAGGCUCGUUGGGCCGAUUUGCACUACAAGAAGCGCCUCCUCGGAACCGCCUUCAAGUCUUCUCCCUUCGGUGGUGCCUCUCACGCCAAGGGUAUCGUCCUGGAGAAGGUCGGUGUUGAGGCCAAGCAGCCCAACUCUGCCAUCCGCAAGUGUGUCAAGGUUCAGUUGAUCAAGAACGGAAAGAAGGUCACUGCUUUCGUCCCCAACGACGGUUGCUUGAACUUCAUCGACGAGAACGACGAGGUUCUCCUGGCCGGUUUCGGUCGCAAGGGCAAGGCCAAGGGUGAUAUUCCUGGUGUUCGUUUCAAGGUCGUCAAGGUCUCUGGUGUCGGUCUUGCCGCUCUGUGGAAGGAGAAGAAGGAGAAGCCCCGCUCGUAAAUAACCAACAUCAACAUCAAUUUUAUUAUUCAAUACACGAUGGCUGGGGUCGAGUGGCGGUGCCAUUCCAUGGAAGUCAGGAGAUAAAAACCGUGUGGGAUACCUUUUCUUCGUGCUCUGUGGUCUGGGAAUCUAAAGAUACAAGUUUCCUCUUUUUUUCUUCAUGGGUUCAGGACGGAGCAUAGCCUCCAACACAAAACAAUCUACACACCU